UAAUUUGUCAAUCUCUACUUUGAGAACUUAUUUGACAGCAGAGGAUGUAAGCAAUGGAUGCCCAAAUAAACGCCUAUGCUUUUUUGUCUUUGAUGUCAACUCUCUGCAGUUGAACUGGACAGAGAUAUCUUCCAGCAGAAGCCUUACUGGAAAGAAUUCAGGUUCGACUUAACACAGAUCCCCACUGGGGAGACCGUAAUGGCAGCAGAAUUCCGAAUUUACAAGAUGAAAAGUUUCGGUUGCCAUGUUAAUAAGACCCUUCAUAUCAGUGUGUACGAGAUCGUUCAAGAGCAUCACAACAGGGAAUCAGAGCUGAUGUUCUUAGAUCUUCAGGAGCUUCUGGCCGGGAUGGAUGGAUGGCUGGUCUUCGAUGUCACAGCUGCUAGUAACCACUGGCUGUUGAACCGCAAAUACAAUUUGGGUUUGAGACUUUAUGUGGAGACGGAGGACGGAGAGAGUGUGGACCCUGCGCUGGCCGGCCUCUUGGGUCGCCACGGACCACUUUCCAAGCAGCCCUUCGUGGUGACCUUUUUCCAGGAGAGUGAAAGCCAGGUCCGGCUCCCCCGCGCAGCCAAGCAGGCCAAGAAACGGCCCCAGCACAAAAGGACCCUCGGCUUCCCACACUCCAGCAGGCUCCCGGGGUUUUUUGAUGACGUCUCCGUUUCUGAGCACAGCCGGGUAUGCAGAAGGCACGAGCUGAACGUCAAGUUUCAAGAUUUUAAUUGGCUGGACUGGGUGAUUGCACCACAGAGUUACCCCGCAUUCUACUGUGAUGGAGAAUGUGUGUUUCCCCUGAACGCCUCCAUGAACGCCACCAACCACGCCAUCGUCCAGUCGCUGGUCCACCUGAUGAAGCCCGAAGCCGUUCCCAAGGCCUGCUGUGCCCCCACGAAGCUGAGCGCCAUCUUUGUUCUCUUCUACGACAGCAACAACAACGUUAUCCUCAGGAAAAAGCGGAACAUGGUGGUGAAGUCCUGCGGCUGUCACUAAUGCUGUGGCAGACCCGGGCCCUUUCUUGGGGGAGCGGACGCCUGACGUGGGUGGGGGAGCCUGGCUGCUACCUGCUUCUAAGAGGAAAGCCCCCUUGAAGGACAGGGAAAGGAGCAACCGGCUGCCCCGUGGAGCAAAGGAGGCCCAGCCCCGCCUGACCCGCGGACGACCCGGCCCCAGCCCCGGCCCUGGCCCUGGACGCCCAGCUCUGCUGCUGGCAGGGUGCUCGUCUCCUGAGCAAAGCAAACAGCCUCCCACAGAAAAACACCUUUGCCAAGCAAACUAAGACACGAACGGGCUGCAAGCAUAGCUCUGGCUUGCAUUCCAGGCCCACCUCUCCCCCCUCCCCUGACCCUGCACAACAAAUUAAAUUAAAUUUAAACCAAACACAUCAAAUAGACUUGUUUUGUAUAAAUGCUGACCGUAGCUUAUCAAAUAGCCCUAAUUCUGCAUCGAACAACAGGAGUGGCUGCUGGUUACUGGGGGGUGGGUGAGGGAGUCUCUUUUGGGAAGAACAGUGGUGUCUUGGGGAGUCCUGGGGUCUCUGCAGGGAUCCCCAGGUGUGGGCAGAUAUCUGCAGCUGGCCACCUUGCCUUGUCCCAGCAGUGCCAUUUCCAGAGCCCAAGCAGAACGCUUGGCAGCCCCUUUCCCACUCUGCUUUUCUCCCACAUUGCUCUGGUGCAGAGAGAGCGCUGCGGCGAGUGGCAAGAGACCUCAGCAGGCAUAAAACUGGCGUUGGCCCCUGUGGUCUUCCCGCUUCCCCUGAAGCAGCUGCUUCCAGGGGCUCUGCUUCUAUUCUGCCAAGGGGACAGGCUUCCCUACCAUCUUGGAGGCCCCCAGGGGCAAGCAGUUCAGAAGGGAGCCAGCCUUCUGGUGCAGGCCUUGAUCAGCUAGUGGGAGACAGCAGCUGAGAGGCUGCGGCUGGGGGAGAAAUCAGUUCAGCCUGCUUAUAAAUGCAAAGUUACCUGAUUUCACAUUUUUCAACCAAUACCCCAACAGAAGUUCAAUGAUCCUUUGAAAUUCACACCUUUUCAAAUUUCACCUUGCAAAGUUAAAAGGAUAUAUAUUAAAAAGUUUGCAUCUUGCAUGGAAGUUGUGUAUGUAAUACAUUGGCUAAGAAGAAUUGCUUAUAGACAUUGUACAUUAACUCAGAUUGCAAACGAAUAUGUAUAUGAGAAAUGUGCACAAUUUGUAGUGUAAACUUAAAAAAAAAAAAUUCAGACUACUGAGUUUGGAAGGGAGGAACAUGGGAAUGGGGGAAAAAAGAGGAAAUGAAGCAGAUUCAACCAACCCAAAUAAAUAUCUGUUGCAACUUUGCUGCCCCUGAGGAAUUCAUUUGGCCACCCAAGAAGAAAGGGCAGUUAUUGACAACAUGGAUGGUGGCAUCUUACACAAACAGCUCUUGAUGUGUCUCUAGUGUCAGAUUCAGCCGGCACGGAACGGCAUGGUGAAGGCACCGCUCAGCUUCGCCUAAGUCAAUUUCGCCGCCCAGGGGCAAGCGGAGAAAAAGGGAAGUGAAACCGCAAGCGGACGCUCUGAUGAUUGGCAACAGGUGGUGGCGCUUAACUCAAAACCGCAAGCGGAUACUUUGUAUCAGUGCUGGCUCCCCUCGGGCGCUGCAGACAAAGGGGAGCGCAGAGGCUCGGAAGGGAAGCGAUCAGCGAACGAUCGGGAACUCCCGGCCUUGCGCGCAAACAGGGAAGCCCAACAAAGGCAACAACAG